AUGGCUGCAGUCCCAUUCCUCCCUACCUGGAGAGGUGCCCCAGUGCCCCAGGCCCAUCACAGGAGAGGUUCAGCAUGGAUACUCUGCUUGACUGUGGUACAGACCUCCAUGAGCCGGUCCCAGGUUGCCCUGCUGGGCCUGGGUCUGGGCCUGCUGUUCAUGCUGCUGCUAUAUGUGGGGCUGCCAGGACUCCCUGAGCAGACCUCCUGGCUCUGGGGAGACUCCAAUGUCACGAUCCUGGCUGGCCUCACCCCUGGCAGCUCCCCCAUUUUUUACCGUGAGGUGCUCCCAUCCCACCAGGCCCACAGGGUGGAUGUGGUGCUGCUCCAUGGAAAGGCCUUUAGCUCCCGGACGUGGGAGCAGCUGGGUACGCUGCAGCUGCUGGCGCAGAGGGGCUACCGGGCCGUGGCCCUUGACCUUCCAGGUUUUGGGAACUCAGCACCUUCAAAGGAGGCAAGCACAGAGGUAGGGCGGGCAGAGCUGUUGGAGCGAGUGCUGCAGGACCUAAAUGUGCAGAACGCCGUGUUGGUGAGCCCUUCACUGAGUGGCCGCUAUGCCCUGCCCUUCCUGAUGCGAGGCCACCACCAGCUGCGUGGAUUCGUGCCCAUUGCACCUGCCUCCACCCAGAACUACACCCAGGAACAAUUCCAGGCUGUGAAGACCCCGACUCUCAUCCUGUAUGGGGAGCUGGACCGCACCCUGGCUCGGGAGUCACUGCGGCAGCUCCGCCAUCUGCCCAACCACUCCACGGUGAAGUUGCGCAAUGCAGGCCACGCCUGCUACCUCCACAAGCCACAAGACUUCCACCUCGAACUCCUUGCUUUCCUUGACCAUCUACUGUGA